AUGCCCAUCGAGUACAAGCAAGGCGGAUUCGCUAAUCAGUCAGCAGAACUCCCUCAGGUGGCACCCAAUGUCAGGGCAUUUAUGAAAGACUCGUUGUCCUCUAGAUCUAAGGUGCCACUUACCGCAGGAUAUUUCCGACUUGAGAAGGACAAGAAGCAGUCUAUCGUGUACGAGUUUGACGAAGUGAAGUGUUUUAUUGAAGGAGAAUGCACAAUCAGCGAUGAGGUUGGCACCAAAGUGACUGUUCAUGCGGGAGACAUUGUGUUGUUCAACAACGGCACCACAGCCACGUUUCAAUGCGAGAGUGAUUCCAGUGCAUUGGCAUUCUAUUGUGUGCAGAGAUCUAGAAUGUGA